GGCGCCGGGAGGGCGUCGCGGGGAUGAAGUUAGUUGUAGGACCGAGGACUAAGCCUGGGGUCGAGGAGGAGUGGGCGCGGGCUGUUCGGAGGUGUCCGUAAGCCAGGUAGGCACUCAGGCUUGCCCUCGCUGCUUCUGAGAUCGCGCUCCUCAGGACGGGCUCUGUUCCGUGGUGCCGCAGACUUUGCCGCCUUGACCUCCCCCUCGGGGCUGACCUCCUCGCUUCUCUCUUUCCCAGGUGCCUCGGGGGCUGGUCCCCCGCUCCGUGUCAGCAGAUGGCUGAGGGGACCGGGGAGAGGGUGGCUCUGCAAGGCCACCUCCAGGCUGGGGACCCCGGACUUGGUGAUGGAGAGCCAGCUGAUGCCCACCCCACCUUUGACCUGGCUGAAACCUCCCUGGGUGGGGGCCCUCUGUGUAGUCCCAGUUUUCAGCAACAACAGGAACUGGAGUUGCAAGAACCGCCCAGGCAGGUGCCCCUGGAGUGUGCCAGUGUGCAGGCCCGGGGGAUACUGGCUCUGGGGAGGCCUGCCCCACCACUGCUGGCACCAGAAGAGGAAGCCAAGAACAGAAAGCGGCCAUGGUCCGCCAACGGGCCCAGCCUUGGCCCUCCCUUCCCACGGGGGCUAAGUGUUCCGGAUCUGUCAGCUGCUCCUUUCUUCCCAAGUGGUGGCUCCAACAGCCUGGACAUUCGAGCUGGGGGCCUCCAGGACACUCCCCGCUUCCCAAGGACACAGGAACCCCUGCGGGCCGCCCGCCCCGCCCCUGCCCAGCUGGGUCCCCCCCCACCUGUCCUGAGCCGGUUGAGCACAGAGCCACUAGAGCCUCUGCCCUCAGAAGGGGCCUGCCCUUGGGCGGCCGGAGGGGGCAAAGUCACAGGGCUGUAUGCCGAACUAGUGAAAGAGUUGGAGUUACAGAUGGCAGAGCUUCGGAGGCUGCUGGUCUCCAGGGAAGAAGCAGCUCUGAGGCAAGAGAGGAGAAUCCGCGAGCUGGAACUGGAGAAUCAGCAGCUCAAGGGUCAACUGCGGAGCCUAGAGGAGCAGAACGAUCUGUUGUCCAGCACCCGUGGUGGCGAGGGGCUCAAAGAGCCCUCUCCCAACAGCAGCCUCAGCGCUGGGAGCCGCAGCCUGGAUGUCAACGAAGGGAACAUCCAGUUCCUCAAAGGCCUGGUGUGGCUACUGGAGAGCAACAUGGCACUACAGGCGAAUGGCCUUCCGGCACCACUUCCCACAUCACCACCUGCAGAACCCAAGGGAUCUCCUGCUGAGGCCCCACGGUCCCCACCAGUCUGUAGGCUGCGAGCAGGACUCCUCAGUGGCUUUCCAGUGUGGUUGAACUCUGAGGAUGGCGUGGGCAGCCCUGCUACACUGAGUGAGGCCACCUGCCUGUGGGAGGAGAAUGUGCAGGAUACACUGCCCGAUGGAACCCCCGUGUGGGCGUCACCUGUGGAGGAGAAUGGGAGACCCAAACUGGAGCUGAUCCCCAACUCGGGGGUCUACAUCACUCACCAUCAGCUAGAUGACCUCUCUCAGGUAUCAACAGACAAACCCAAGCUGAUGACCAGGCGUAUGUUGGAUUAUUUCUUCUCUCGGGAGACACUGGCUCGCUCCUCUGCCACUGGGCAACGAAUUGCACAUAAUAACACCACCAUGGAGAAGCCCAUCCGGCUGCCUGUUGCGGUAGUCAAUGCCAUCAAAGGUGGAACCACGUCACUCUCCUGUCCUCCAUUUGGAUCUAGAAAGGCUCUUCCAUCUCAAAGAUGCUGUGUAGCAACAUCCCACCCCCAACCCCAGCUUCAGGGAAGUCCUCAGGGAUGUCUAUCCCUGCAUGACUGGGAAGUUAAAGAAAGAAUGUCAUGGAGCUGCUGGGAGAAGAAAAAUGAAGGGACAAAAAGUGGACAGAGAUGCCUUGAGGACAGCAAACACUGCUAUUGGUGGAGAAAUAAAAGCUGGUAUAUUUUAUAGCCAAUUUUAAAAGUUUUUUUUGUAGCAGGUCAGGGAUGAGGACAUUAGAAGGUUCCCUUCUCAGUCCAACUAUAUUUGUUGGGCCACAUCAGGUUUGUUUUAAGUAUCAUGGGAUGUGAGACUCUUUAUUAUUAAGUGGGAGCAAGCAAAAACCAAGACAAAACAAAAAAACAAACCCAAACAACCUGGCAAAUAUUAAUUGAUCAUAUGACCCCCUUUCCUCCCCACUGAUCUUCACUGAGAAUACUGCUGUCCCACUGGCUGUUCCUAACAAGACCAUGAGGAAAAAGUACCUGUUCCCCAGGCAGCCUUGGCAGUGGCCAAAUAAAUUGCCCUAAAUGAUUAAGACAACAGCAGGCAACAACAUAUUCCCCCUAAGAGUAAAGUUUCUCAUCAAGUGGUGAACACAGAAAAUCUAGAAUUUCCCUCAGCAAACUACUGCAUUUGAGUUAAUUCCUACAAAGAAGAACUUACUGAUGAAACUGAAUAGAAGAAACCUUUGAAGACAUUAACCAUAUCAAUUUAUAAGUGUUGGAGAUAGAAAUGUUGAGCAGAGUUAGAAUAAUUUCAAAGAGAACAAGAAAAAAACAGAAAGCUAUAUCCUGUGACCAAAGACCCUGAAAAGAAAAAGUUUAAGAGGGAACAGGUUCUUAAAAAAUUUUUGAUGGUACAAAUUAUCUUGGUAGGAGAGAAAGGGAUGGCUACAAAAGUCCUUCCCAUAUAGCUUUCUGACAAGCUAAGAUGUUUCUAUGGCAUACAAAAAAAAAAAAAGAAAGAAAGAAAGAAAGAAAAAUUGAAAAUGGGCACCAGCCUAAAGUCAAAUCCAAGAGAGCUAUACAAACUGAUGAAGAGUGUCAGACUUAUGAAAAGUGUUUCAUAUAAUAAAAAUGAAUUGUGGAAGAAACAUGAAGAACAAGUAAGGAUUACACAUUUGGGAGAAAGAAAGUAUGUUAACAAUGACAGAGAAAACACAGAAUUAGAUGUGUUGGGUUUUUUUUUUUUUUUUUUUUUUUUUUUGCUUUCAUCUUCUCCACUAGGGAGAAUGAUCAACAAAUAUAAUUAUCAGGGAAUUAAAGCCCAAGGUGGGAAAGAAGAUGGUAAAAGAGAAAUCAACUGGAUUGCUUUAGGAUUCCAAGCCUAAAUGAAUCACAUCCCAGAGGACCGAAAAAAUUUCUGGAUGUGACCAUGGAAACACUGUUAGUAAUCUUUAAAGAAUUAUGGUGAAAAGGAGAUGCCAGAAAGCAGAAGAACAGAUGUUUUCAAAAAGGACACAAAGGUAGAUUUCCCCAGAGUACAAAGUGGUGACCAUUUUGUCAAUUCCCAAGAAAAUGUUAGACUAAAUUAUCUGAGAGAUGAUUUGUAAGCCCUUUAAAGCAUGGAUUUAUUUCAUUAAUAAUGAAUCAGACCAAACUGGUUUUAAUUUUUCUCAAAAGAAGCUUGCUUGUCUGGAAUUUCUGGAAAAUACUAUGGAUGUAGUACAUUUUAAUUUUUGCAAGGCAUUUGACAAAAGUUUCUCAUGAAUUUAUUAUGAACAAGAUAAAGGUUGAAGAGGACAGGUACAGGAGGUGGAUUCACUGUUGAACAGUUGUAUUCAAGUAUUGUGUGAAUAUAAGUGAUUACACUGCUUCAGGGUUCAAGAUGUAGUCCUGUCCUGUUCAAAAUCCUUACUGACAACAUGAUGAUAAAGAUUUACAGAUGACACAAUGUGGGAAGGAAUAACUGGCACAUGGGAGGACAUAAUUAAAUCUUAAAUACAGCUCUACAGUCUGGAAUAACAAGUAACAACAACAAAAAAAGGAUCCUCAACAGGAAUCUACAUAAAGUUCUAUUCUUAGAGGCAGGUAUAUGAGCCAAUAAUUCAACAAGACUGAAAAAAUAGUGAAUGCUGCCCUAGUCUAUAUAAAUAUUGAGAAUAAUGCCCAUAAUGAGGAGCAGCACUUGUGCUCCAUAUAUGAGUCAGACCACAUCUCGAGACAAUAUGCUACAUUACAGACAAACUACAACACAACCUGGUGACAAGGUUGGUAAAAGGGCCUAAAACAAUGUCACAGUGGGAAGUUGGAAGAAUUGAACAUGCUUAAGCAAAAGGAUAUGCUAUGUCUUCAAAUAUAUAACAGACUGCUAUGUAAAAGAAGAAUUCAACUGGCUGGCUGUAGCUCCAGAAGGCAGAACUAGGGCUUGGGGUAGAAUUUAGAGAGGGGCAGAUUUUAAUUUAGAAGGGUAACUUUUAAACAUUAAGAGCUAUCCAAAAAUAGAAUGAGCAACAUUGUGAAGUAGUGAGCAUCCCCCUAUAACUUCAUGCAGAAGAUGGAUGACUAUCUCUCAAGGAUGAUCUAGAAGGGAUCCCUGCAAGGAGGAGGAAGUUGGAGUAAAUGGCUCCCUUGGAGAUCUCCUUCAAUUCUAAACUUCUACAUCAUUAAAACACACAAAUAAAUUUGUUUGUCUUUGGCUUAAGCUUGCUUUAUCAAUAAAGAGGAAUUAAUCUACCUGGCCUUUUCUUAUUCAGUGAAAGGAAACCUUUAAGAGGAGUCACAGAUAUUAGGGUGGCCCAGUGACAAGUGAGCACUUGCUAUGGAUUCCAAAAUUCUCUCUGGCACACACUGUCUGUAUGAGCAAGGGAGGGGGCAUUUCAACUCCUUCAGUUUCAGUUUGCCCAUCUGUAAAGUGAGGGGUUAGAUGAGAUGGUCUCUUGGAUUCUCUCUAGUUCCUUGUGAGUACAAAAGAAAAUGAGAAGUGACCUGACCCACCCUAUUUACACUUCUACCAUUUUGCUCUGGCUUAGCUAUCAUCAGUUAAUGUUUAAAAAUGUGUGGAGAAGACGGGGUUGAAAUCAAGGGAAAAGCUGAAUUUCCUCUGGAUGCCCCAAACUGAUUGCUCACACUCACAAGAGCCUGUACUGUUUCACUAUUGUUUCAUUUUCUCCCCAGUUUAUUCUGGAAAGAGUUGAUGCAGGUAUUGGUGAAUGGAUCUCCUUGGGUCACCCAGGACUUUGGGGUUCCCAAGGUUACAAGCUGGGCCCAGGGAAACAGAACAAUCUUUCUGCUCUUCUUUGAAAUUCCACAGUUAGAACAUGAGGCAUUCCCAGCCGAUAUGUGAAAAGGAACAAAGGUCUAAGAGAGACACAAGAAGUUAAAAUUGCAAUACCCAAGGCAUUUGAAUAGGUAAUAACAUCUCAAAUCAGAAUUUAGGAUAAUUUGGACAUGGGAGGGCAUCGGCUUAUUUUAAGCAAGCUUUGUUUUUCAAGAAGUGCUAAUAUUCAUUGAAACAAUCUUUGGCUUUAAAAUUUUUUUUCAAUAAGUCUUUUAAAAGUUUAUUUGCAGUGAGCAGGGGAACAGGUCACAUAUAUAUAUACUUGUGAUUUCAUCAUCAGAGAUAACUUAGGGUGAAGAAACUCUUCCUAUCAAUAAUCUGCAACUUAAAGAGUCUUGAGACUAAGUGGCUUCCCCAAGGUUACACAGAUCAGUUAUAUGAAAUGCCAUGGCAGAAUAUAAACUCAGGUCUUCCUAUUUUCAGGCAAAUAAUUAGUAUGCUAUCACCAAUGUCCAAGUCCUGCAAGAAGUAUAUUUUAGCAAGCUGAGUUCUUGUGCUAAUACUAGUAUGCUGAAAUAACAAAAGACCCUUUCUUUUUUAGUGUUACAGCUGAGACUGUUGACUGAUUCACUUUUGCCUUUUCUCCAUUAUUGUGUACCUAUACUAUGUCUCCUACAUUUUCUUCCAUGAUUUAAAGAUGGAAUCCUUGCAUACAGCACUUUACAUGUGGUCCCUGAUAAUAAGACCUAUCCCGAAAAUAAGCCCUCUCCUUACUGUGUAAGAUUCCUCGAAAAUAAGCCCUAUUGAGAUUGCUACUGUAGUGAAGGUGAUCCCCUGCGCUACACGCUACAUUACGGUACCCUCUGUAUGCACCGUUCCCCCCCUCCUCCCAGUGAAACGCACGCCGUGCUCCGAGCUGCAUCCAAUCAGAGCUGCAGCAGUGAGCGCAUCAUCCUGUUCUUCCCCAGUGAUUUGCUUGCUGGCGCUAUUGAGAGCAGUGCCACAGAGGAGAGCUGAGGCAGGACAACACAAGAACCCGGUAUGUAAGCGGGAGUAGGGGGCAUGAUGGAGAAUAAAAGAAGAACUCUAUUUUUUAUUAAAAUUGCUGUCAAUGUUGAUUAAAAUAAGUCCUCUGGUGUUUUUCUGUCCAAAAAAAUAAUAAGACAGUGUCUUAUUAUCGGGAAAACACGGUAGCUGCUCAAUCUAGGUUUGUUGAACUGAACUGAGCAAGGAGAGAAUCAAUUAAUAAGAACUUCUUAUGUGCCAGGGUCUAUGUCAAGCUCUAAAUGUUGCUUCCAACUAAAUGUUGCAGCCAAACUCGUAGCUAUGAAUACUUCCUGGGAUUUCCCCUUGAAAUCUCCUUUCUUAUAUUAGGCAACAAUUUAACUCUUGAUCCAUCAAAAGCUCCCUCUAUGAUUCCUGAAGAUUCUAAUACUUAACUACCUGAUUCCAAUCUGGGAUGAUUUAGCCACAGGUAAUAGGGGGAGAGGCAGAAGGGAGAGCAGACUCCAAGGGAGGGACCUUGCAUUCUGAGAUUUGGUUUCAUUUUCAUCAAACCUCUCUUGAGACCCUCUCUGACACCAUAUCUAAAACUGUUUAAGAAGAAGAAAGAGACAUGGGAAAGAAACCAAAUAAAUACACUUCAUGAGAAUGGGCUUUUUUGUGCCUAGAAAGGUGAGAAAGUUUAACUCUUGUGUUAACUUGGGGAAAAAAUUUGCAGAGAUUUCUCUGAUAAUGGUCUCCUCUAUAAGACAGAUAAGAAAUUGAUACAAAUAUAUAAGAAAAACCCCAGUAAUCCCUCCAGUAGAUAAAGAGCUAAAGAAUAUGAACAGAUAGUUUUCACAAGAAGAAACAUAAUGAAAACUAUAUUAAAAAAUCCAAUAAGAGAAAUGCUCAUUAAAAUAACUUAGUACUCCAUACCCUUCAACUCAGCAAAUAUGAGAAAAAGAAAAUGGUCAUUGUUGGAGGGACUGUGAAGGAUCCAACUAUUCUAGAAAGCAAUUUGGAACAAUAUUCCCAAAUUUAAUAAACUAUAAUGGCCAGUGAUACAUCAAUACUAAAGUUAUACAUGUAAAAGGUCAAAAUGGAGGAGGUCUCCUACAUAAAGAAAAUUAACAAAAAUACUUUUUUGAGGAUAGCAAAGAAUAGGAAGCAAAGUGGGUGACCAUCAGUGAAUAUAGUUAUUGUUUACAAUAUUACAAAUUCAGAGAAUCCGGAGAAGGUUUGUGCAAACUGAUGUAGUAAAGUGAGCAGAUGGGGAGAAUGAUUUACACAGUGACCACCACAGUGUUGUGAAGGAAAGCAACUUUAAACAACUUCAGAACUUUGAUCAAUACAAUGGUUGGUCAGUCAUGGCCUCAAGAGGCUAAUGACACAUACUUUCCACUUCUUCGAAGAGAGAAUGAAAACAUGUUCAAAAGUCAAUGUUUUAUUUGUUAUACUUGACCACAAUUAUCUGUUAAGGGGGAAGGGGCUUUUAUGGGAGGGUAUUAGGCAGGAGGAACUAAGAAACAGGGAUGGUGAUGUUAAAAAUAAAAAAAAAAGGAGAAAAGAACAUUAAGGAAUUAUUAAAAGUACAUGGGAGAGAGAAGAGGGAAGUCCAGAAGGAGACACAGACAAACAGGGCAGUUUUGUUACUAACAUGUUAAAUUUAAUAUAUAUUUUUAAAAAUGUAUGUAACAGAAGUUCAUUUUCAUAUACAUUUUUCUUGAAUAUUUAUACCUUACAUGUUUGUAAAGUUCAUAAUUAAAAUUUUUUUUUCAAAAAUUCAAGUUGUGAAUCUCAGCUUUGCCUUUAAGAAUUAAAUUCAUGCCCAGAUCCCUAAGUAGAUUUUCUCCCCUCAUGUAUUCUGAUCAUCCUGGUGAUGAUUUGGGGGCCAAGGGAGAAGGCCUACAUAUGACAUUUCCUCUGGAGGAAUUUCAACUACUUGCAACAUUCAUCUGCAGGAUAUUUUGGUCAGCUUGGUCAGCCCUGCUGCCAGCAAAGCAGCUUCUCACUCCAGGCUUUCUUUGUGACUCCUACUGACGGGAUUCAUGGCUGAUGGGGGAGAACCAAGCUCUGGCUGGUUCUUUAAAAUAAAGCUGGACUAUCAAAGGCUGUUGAGAAAUGGAUCAAUAGGGCUGGCUUAGAUGGAAACAACACUCAGAACAGUUGUUAUGUUCCAAUGCAAACUUACAUAGCUCAAGAGGCAACUUUAUAAUCAAUCUAAUAUUCAGUUGAGAAACUCUUCAACAAACAAAAGCUAAAAUGGGAGUGAUUCUACAGAACCAAACAUAAAAAAGCAGAGGCUGUGAUCCAAAUAAAUAACAAAGAUUUUGUCUUUGCAAAGAUAAGGAAUACUACCCUCCACAUACCCAUUUGUAAAUGACACACAUUUCACCCCAAAGUCAAACUUUUCCACAUAAAGUGAUACCAUACUUCUGGAGAGAAGUUUCUUUUUUAAAAAGAAAGGAAAAAAUAGACUGAAAUAGGUUUAUCUUGCCAUAGUUAACUAAGCUGGUUGGCUCAGCUAGCUAGAGUACUUGGUGCUAAUCUGGGAUUGUGUCCCCACACAGUUCAGUUAAACUGUGCUCUGUCCUGUCUCAAUGAAUAAUCCCCUUAUCCCAACCAAUCCAUUUCAGAAAUGACAUUGUUUUCAAACUCAAGCGAAUGAUUCAAUGCAAUCCAACCCCAUUACUAGAGAAACAACAUAUGCCUCAUUUUCACACAGCAGAAAAAAACUAUUUCACUCUUCCCCUGCCCUGACUUUUCCAUUUAAUAUAUAUUUUAGGAAAGCUUUUUUCCAGGUAAGUUAAGAACAAGGAGUCCUAAAUAAGUGGUGUACACAAUACAAAUAACUCACUUGUCUGUUCCCCUCCUACUCCUUUCUCUCUAGCUAACGGGACUCUCUCAUUUGUGGGUUUAAAUAAUGUCUGGAUUUUGUUCAUAUGGGAGAGGAGUCUGGGUCAGAGAUGAGGGUUAGUACUCAAGUUCUAGAGAUCUGACAGAAACAUUCUCUUUUCAGGGGUUGGGAAACUGCAAAAGGUGAGCUUCUACAGGAUUUCUGCCUUGAGGCACAGGAGUGAAGAAUGAGAAAGAGGGCUAUUUCCAAAGGACUAGUAUGAUACAAGGACUUUUCAAGUCUCUCUACCACACCGCCCAGAUUUUUGAUAAUCACUCACCCAUUUAUUGAUGGCAAUGACCAAUUUAUGCCAUGUGAGGAGUGAUUCCAUCUACUCCUUAGAAAAAAGUGCUGGUUUAUCAUUUACAUUUUGAUGAACUAGUAAAAAGAUCUGGUAUUCACUAGGAAUGAUACUCCAUCUCACACAGAAGCCUAGAGAAAGGGUGACACCCAGAGAACCUGAUAAGAAGGAAGAAAGGGGACAACUGGAAAAGAAUUAGGUGAAUGCACACUCCUUGGCCACAUAAAUAAUUCUGUGGCUAGGAUGCAAUGAAUGCAGUCCCAGUGGCUGAAGCCAAUGUACAGUGAAACACUGUAAUCUAGGAAUCCAGUGGCUCCUAAAUCACUAUCAUAAAGACAAGUAACCUGGAUUAGGUUUCUGUGGCACAAUGUGUGAAUUAAGCAGUGAAGUUUCUGCUCAGAUAAAACAAACGAUUCUAACCAAAGUGAGAACAGGAUAUGAGAUCAACUGAAAAGAGGAUUUUAAUAGCUAUGUCUGCGUGAUCUCCUCAUUAUUCAAACAAUUCUGGCACCUCAACACUACUUCCCGUUACUUUUUAGUGUGAAUUGAGAGGCAAAUAAACUGGACACUCAGUAACUUCAAAAUCCCUUACCCUGAGCACAGCCCAUCAUCAAUGGCAAGCCUAUCCAGUGGCCUAUGCUAAAGGAAUACAGUAAGUAAAAAAGAGCUCUUGUUUGAAAAGGAAACUGAUAUGCAGGUAUUAUGGGAAGAUCCAAAUCUUUUUAGGAUAUACCAUAAUUUUUUUUGUUUCUCAGCAAUGCUUAUGUCUAGAGGUUGGGCUUUGCUAAUUCUUAGAUUGGAUGGAACAAAUCCAUUAACCAGUCAAAAAGAGAGGCACUAGAUUAUGUCUAACAAACUCAGCAGCAAUUAUCAGAAUUAUUGUGCACAGAUUUAACUUCAAGGCUAUAGCUCAGAGGGCUUCAGAGUGUCCUGCUCACCACCUAUUCAUACAAACACAGACUGCUGACUACUCUAUCAUUGUAGUCUCAAAUUAUUAACCAUACUCUACAUACUUUAAAGCAAUGCUUCCCAACUUUUUUCAUUCUGGUCUCCUCUAUUCAUAAAUAAAAGAGGGAAAGAGGAGGAGAAAAAAAGCUCUUAAUUUUAACUUUCCAUGACAUCUUGUGGUUGGAAGAAUCUCAAUCAUGGAAAUCUGGUAGGGGUGUGUACAUUCCUGGAAUAAGCAGAGGACUGUAGGCCUUUUGAAGAGCAUAUGCUUGAUUGGUGAUUGUGACAGAACUAAAGAGAAAGGGUGGGGGGGGGGGGGGAACACAGCUGUGCCCAAACUAAGGAUGUUCGAGUUCACAGGUUUGCUGUAAUGUAUUAGGACACUCUAAAGUGUUGUGACAUGCUGGUUGGGAAACACUGCUUUAAAGCAAGUUUGCCAAUAGUCACUUAUCCACAGGGAGGAACCUUUAGUACAGCUAGGUAGAAGAAAGUAGCUCUUUCACUACCAAUGACCCUGUAAGUUAAGGCAGAAUGGCAAACUUUAUCAGGAAGGCUACAGGUAAGGAAGAAUGGACCUGAACAUUUUACACAGGCCAAAUGAUAAAAGUGACUAGUUAUUCCACCUAUUACAUUCUUGCUGUCAUUAGGCAUCCUUGUAUCUUUACAUGAUUGCCUCCCCUCACCAUUCCAUUCCUUCAAUCUCUACUGACAGGCCUCCAUAGGACCAAAGCCUCCAUAAAAGAGUAAAAGAGUGAGCCAGUCUAUGGGCCACCAGGAGAAAGGCCAAAUUUUUCCUCUUGGAGCCAAUUUUUAAAAAUAUAAUUUGGCAUCUCUCCCUAGGCAAAUAGUCAGAUGAGGUAACUAAUGAACUAGCCAAACUGUCUCCUUGGCAAGAAGUAUGCCUUUAACAGUCAAGUGGCCUGCUCUCAGAAUCCAUAGUUGGGUCAGAC